AUGUCUUACCAGCAAGAACGUUAUAUCGCCGAGCUCGCCGUUCAGCGCGCGACCCUCCUCACCCAAAAGGUCUUCUUCGAAAAGGCCAAGGGCACCGUCUCCAAGGACGACAAGUCCCCCGUCACCAUUGGCGACUUCGGAGCCCAGGCCCUCAUCAUCCAGGCCAUUCGCAAGAACUUCCCCAACGACGAGAUUGUCGCCGAAGAGGAGGCUAGCUCCCUACGUGAGGACAAGGCGCUCAGCGCAGAGAUCUGGCGCCUAGUCCAAGAUAUCAAGCUGGAAGAUGCGGAGAGCGACAAGAUAUUGGGCGGUCCUCUGCCUAGCGAAGAGGGUAUGUUGGAUAUCAUUGACGAGGGCAAGAGUUCUGGUGGUCCCAAGGGCCGCAUCUGGGCUCUCGACCCCAUCGACGGCACCAAGGGCUUCCUCCGCGGUGGCCAGUAUGCCGUGUGUCUGGGCCUGAUUGUGGACGGCGAUGUCAAGGUCGGCGCAAUUGGCACGCCCAACCUGCCGGUGGAUGACAGGGUGGCUAUCACCGCGAGCACGGGCGCCCAGCAGACAGAGACUGCCAGCAACGGCGUGCUGUUCUCCGCCAUUCAGGGCGAGGGCGCCACCAGCCGGCCGCUUUCGAGCGGUGUUCUUGCCCCCAGCAAGUCGAUUUCUAUGCGCCCGGUCCCCGAUAUCGCCCAGGCUGUUUUCUGUGAGGGCGUGGAAGCGGCGCACUCGGCGCAGGGUGACAACGCUGCUGUUGCUGAGCGCCUAGGCAUCACUGCCCCGAGCGUGCGACUGGACUCGCAGGCCAAGUACUGCUCGAUUGCUCGGGGUGCGGGAGACAUCUACCUGCGAUUGCCCGUCAAGAAGGGUUACCAGGAGAAGAUCUGGGACCAUGCCGCAGGUGACCUGAUUGUACGCGAGGCCGGCGGCCAAGUGACGGAUAUCUAUGGCCAGCGGUUGGAUUUCAGCAAGGGCCGGACCUUGGCUGCCAACACGGGUGUGGUUGCGGCUCCCAAGGCUGCCCAGGACCAAGUGAUCGACGCUGUCAAGGUGGUGUUGAAGCUGUAA